CUCUCCUCUCCUCUCCUCUCCUCUCUCUCCUCCUUCCGAUCGAUUACGAACCACCGCGGCGGCGGCGACGCGGCGGAGACGGAGGCGGCGGUGGCGGCGCCAUGUUCCCGAAGGACUGGGCGCCGCCGUGCGGGAGCUGCUGCACCAAGAAGUACUCCGCUCUCCUCCAGAUCCCCUGGAGAGUUUUCUGCAAGAAAGGGUGCGAUGCGGAUGCUGAGACUUGGGAGGAAUGUGUGGAAGAGUGCAACGAGAUAUGCUAUAAAGAUCCAGUUCUGAAGGAUCACGAAUGGAGUGCAUACAUUGAUAGGUCCCCUGGCGAAGACAGUUACUCUUUGGAAUGUUUUCGUGCUUGUGUUUCUGGCUGUGGUUUCAAGUUUGAUAUCCCUAAAACGGAAGUUGAGGCUGUCAAACCAAACAGGCCUCCCAAGCCUGCCCCGGUGAGGAAAGAACCACCCCAGCGUGCGAAUCUCAUCACGACCCCUGACGACCUGCCUACUACAUCGGCAUAGGACUAACAUAAUAACUGUUACAGCAUAUACGUUCAUUGAUGGAAGCUCGCUGGGUGGUGCUAUCUCUUUCACUAAACAGUUUUUUUUGUUUUUUUUCCUCGACAGUAUGCACACCCAUAAUGGCUUGUAUUUUUGCCUGAGCUCUUCCUCAUUUUGCCUAACUUGAGUUUAUACCAUUCCGCGACGAAGGGAUUCUAGAUUUGCGGCACUCGUAGAGAAUAAGCAGACUCGAGGCUUAUGUGAGUUCUGUUGACUGUUGUGAGAUUUCCUUUUUUGUUUUUUGGUUUAGUAGAUCAUUGUAAUGCCUCUGCCGUCAAUGUAGCUUUUGACAUAAAAAAGCGAUUGUUUUUCAAUGCUAGUACCUUUUCAUUGUUGAAUGUUGA